AUGGCCGAUCUGAGUGAAAGUCAAAAGGAGGUGGUGAAGAUAGAGAUCGAUACUCAUCUUGCAACAAUGCACAAUCUAACAUCGAGCAAAAUCGGCGGACCAUCGGGUAUCAUCAUCCCUCCUUAUCGUAUCCUGAGAAAUAUGGAGGACCAGAUGUUGAGCCCACCAUCCAAAGAAUGUGAAUAUGUUUUCUGCCAUAUGGAUCUCUCCCAGCAUAACAUAAUCGUGGAUCCAGUAACGUUGAAAAUUAAGGCCAUCAUCGAUUUCGAAUACUCGGGCUUUUGGCCUGUGCAAUUUGAGCUGCAUUUUUAUACAAGGCUUGGCCCUUCAGUUGGUCGAGAAGGAGAGAUUGACGAUACAAAUGAGCUACUGAAAUUCCUCACAGUUAUAGUUCUUGUUGCUUUCUGA